UUAUUCUGUCGCUUAACUUUAUUCUGUAAAGACUUUGAUUUUCUGCACCUCGAAGGCUCCAACACCAAAAUCUUUCCAAAAAUCAUUGCAGAAGAUCAGCAGCAAAAUGGUGCCUGCAGGAGAGGUGUUCAACUUCACCAAGGUAUGGCUCUCAGUCUUCAUAUCUCUAUCCUACUGCUAUGCCAUCAGCAAAGUAACCCCUAAAGGCUUCACCGGACUCUUCUGUGUACUCCCAAUUAUUUGCCUUUUUCUCUUCCUUCCUCUCAAACUAUCCUCCAUUCAUCUCGGCGGUAUGACCGCCUUCUUCCUCGCUUGGCUUACCAACUUCAAACUCUUGCUUUUCGCCUUCGGUAAAGGCCCACUGUCUUCCUCUAACCCUCCUCUCUCUUUACCUCGGUUCAUCGCCAUGGCUUGUUUGCCCAUCAAAAUCCAACAAAACCCUCUUUCAAAAUCCAGAAAAGGCCACAAAUCUCCUUUAAACUACGCCAUAAAAUGUCUCCUUUUGGCUGCACUUUUACAGGCAUAUAACUAUAAUAACUACCUUCACCCAAAGCUCAUUCUUGUUCUCUAUAGUUUCCAUAUUUUCUUCGUCCUCGAGCUCACCCUUGCCAUGGUUCAAGCCCUGGUUCGGGCCCUGUUCGGCCUCGAGCUCGAGCCGCAGUUCGACGAGCCCUAUCUCGCCACGUCACUGCAAGACUUCUGGGGAAGAAGAUGGAACCUCAUGGUCACCCGCAUUCUUCGACCGACCGUGCACGAACCAGUUCUCUAUAUUUCCGCCCGUGCCGUCGGUCGGAAGUGGGCUCCACUCCCGGCGGUUUUUAGCACGUUUCUUGUCUCGGCUGCAAUGCACGAGCUGAUUUUUUACUACUUGGGGCGCGUCAGACCCACCUGGGAGAUUACGUGGUUUUUUGUGUUCCAUGGAAUGUGUUUAAUGGCUGAGAUUGCUUUGAAAAAAGUUUGGGCCAAUCAAAAUAUCAUGAUCAAGUCGCGGUUAAUAACGGUUUUAAGGACGAUGUUGACGGUUGGAUUCGUGAUGGUUACCAGUUUUUGGUGGUUCUUCCCAACACUUCUCCGGUGUAACACUGAUGUUAGGGCGUUUGAAGAAUACGCAGCUGUAGGCGCGUUUGUAAAGGAUUUUGGUCGUGCUUUGACAUUUUCACCUUCCUAGAAAUCUCCUCACUUUGUUCUCAUCGAAUAAUUUGCUAUUUCUCUCUUUUAUAUAUUCAUUUUCGUACUUAGAUUUGUUAAGGUGGUAUCGUCACUUUGAAAUCUAUGGACGCAUUCUUUGGUUUUGAUGAGA